GUUUUCUUGGAACUGGGGCAGGACGAUAUGAGACAGAUAAAUGCACUAUUCUGUGAGUUGGAGGUGGUAAAAUUAAAAAUCAAAUCAUGCCAGUCCAGAGAAGAAGCUGAGUCACUCAAGUUCACAGAGAAAAAUCUUAUCAAUAAGAUUUAUACUGAUUCUGCUGAAGCAAAGAUUCCAGCUGUUCUGGACUAUCUGGGGACCAUAAUUGAGGCAGGCUGCAAGUUUCUAAUAUUUGCGCAUCAUCAACCUAUGAUUGACUCAAUACACAAGUUUCUUCUGAAGAAAAAAGUUGGAUGCAUAAGGAUUGAUGGCAGCACGCCAGCAGCAUCAAGGCAAGCUUUAGUGACGGAAUUUCAGGAGAAAGAUUCAGUGAAGGCUGCAGUGUUGUCCAUCAAAGCUGGAGGUGUUGGCUUGACAUUGACAGCAGCGAGCACAGUUAUAUUCGCAGAGUUAUCGUGGACUCCGGGAGACAUCAUUCAAGCGGAAGAUCGUGCUCAUAGGAUUGGUCAGGUUUCAUCGGUCAAUAUAUAUUAUCUGCUGGCAAACGACACAGUGGACGAUAUAAUAUGGGAUGUCAUUCAGAGCAAGUUGGAAAAUCUAGGACAGAUGCUUGACGGACAUGAAAAUUCUCUAGAAGUUUCAGUUGAUCAAUCAGGAUGCAGCCCUUUGAAACAAAGGACACUGGAUUCCUUCGUGAAGCGUUGUAAUAACUCUCACUCUGAUCAUGAACCCAAGCACAAACACCCGAGGAACUGAAAUUCCAAGUACAUAUGUGAAUCUUUGUGAAGACACUAUUAUUGUUCAGAGGAAAUUGUAUUAGCAUGAUAAUUAAAAAAAUCUAAACAUCGACAAGCAUAAUCCUAUGCAGUCAUUCUAAAUGACUGGUUUAUCAUAUCGGUUUCCCCAGGGUAAUAUUCACUUUCAUCAUCUCUCUUAUUCUGUCUGAUCCCUUUGUGAGAUGUAUUUAUGUUCACUGACAUUGAACCUUCACAAGUGAAUCGCGUGAAGGAGUGGUUAUAGCUAGCUGUUCCGUUGCUGCAUGUCUUACAUUAUUCGAUUGCCUCUGAAUGUUCAAAACAUUAUUAGGGGCACUAUGGAUAAAGCCUAAAGCGCUUUGAACCGUCGUUCUUGGAUAUGAAAUGUUCUUCUGGUGGAUUACCCUCCAGCA